CGUUAGCCGAUUACUCGCGCGGUGCGGAACCCCAUCGGCUGUGAUCUUGGCAGAUCGCAAAUACCGUGUUGUAAUAUCGAGUGGCGAUCAUCAAAACGGCACCGUCUGCCGUGACGUGAUCCCACAAGUGCCGUAUUAUCAUAAUAUUUAAAAAAGAGGGUUAAUGUGCGGGGUGAUAAAGGUUUGACGAUUUGUCGUUGUCGUCCGCGUCGAUUUCGCGCGCCCAUUAGAGAGACCAGCGAGAGUGAGAGAGGUGUAGGGGGACACGAGAGAGAGAGAGAAAAAGGGGGGGACGAGAGUUGAAGAAAAAAAGGGGAAUAGUGGAUGAGAAAAAAAAAAGUGAAGAAGAAGAGAGAGGGAGGCCCACCGAGGAGGAGAGAUAGUUAAGAUGGUGCCAGUGGAGCUCGGGUGCGUUAUCGUCGCUGGUUGCUGGUAGGAGAGAGGAAAAACGGCGUGCGCCCAGCCAGUGUGACACGGUGUGUUGAUCGGUGCGCGCGGUGUUAUUCAUUGUCGUCAUAAGAAAGUUGUAUUCGCGCCGUUUCAUCAGUCCUCAGGAGCGAGUCCAUCUCAUCCACUGGAUUAAAACUACGGCGACAAUCCAAAAUUCACACCAAAAUAACCAAUCCAAAAUUACACCAUUGUUAAAUACAUAAACUCACCACAUGGCUGCACAUGUCAACCAAUUCUCCAUUAUCAAUCCCUCGAUUAUUGAUAAUUCUGGUUUUUUAUAGUUUUGGCAGUUAUUAUCAUCAUCAUCACCAUCAUCACCAUCGAGUGGGGAAUAAAAAAGGGAGAAAAGGGAGAAUAGGUAGUGUGAAAUAUUGAUAAUAAAUACAAGGAAUAUCAGUGGUUUUUACGAUCAUCUCGGAGCCAUCGUCUAGGUGUUAAAUUUGAGGAAAUAGUCGUGUGUGUGUGUGUGCGUGUGAGUGUUGAUCUUGUAGAAGAGCCAUCGCGUCGAAGCAGCGUUGCCCGCCGCCGAGAUCCUCGCGGCGUCACCAGCGCCCCAGUGGCUCAUCGGAGCGGCUGUUGUACGCGGCUCCUCACACGCGCCCCAAGUGAAACGUCGUCCUCUAGACAACUACCUCCAUUUAUCCCACCACUGCUGCCUUGACAAAGUUGUGUUAUUGUUGUGUUGAACGACUUGAACAACCCAGAGAGUUAGUGACCAAGUGGACGACAGUGUGAUCAUCGAGAGGAUUCGAUAUUUUACAUUUAACGACAUUUUACAUACAACAUUACGACCACCACUAUUCUCAUCAACCAUCAAUUUCGGAGGUUUCGAUGUGCAACACCAUUGUUUGACACUUUAGCCGUCAUUUUGACAUCUGUUUGACAAGAGUUUGACAUUAUUUUGGGGGCAUUAUUUUGCCUGUGGACAUUAAGCCACAUAUCAGUCUGUGUAUCUGUCUCUCUCGUUGGCCAACGCUAAUUGUCAAAGUGGUGGGACCAGCUGCAGCAAUCACCACCAUUGCCAGUUGUCGUGGUAGAGAUUGGGCGGAGGGUAGAUUUGGAAUUAGCGAGAUUCGAAUACUCGUUUUAUCAUAAAAUUCAUCGAGGAUGCCCGAUGGCUGAUGCCGCGGCAAAGCGUGUACGAGGACGCUUCGCGCGCCGCACUUAUUCACAUCAUUGUUAUUAUCACAAAUCGAGUUAUGAGAGUAAUGCGGUGAGAGAUCAAAUCCAUCGCGUGUCAUCACCUUAUUCAACAGCUCAUUACAUUUAUUAUUCAGCAUUGUCCUCGCGGCGACCCAAGGAUUAGAACACUUGUGCAUUGUUUAAAGCAUCUUCAAGAUUAAUCUGAGACAUGGCAGAUCACCUAGUUGACGGGCCGCCCAAUAAGCGACCCAAACUUGGAGAUGGCUUUCAGGGGCCCUCCGAUUCAGCGGUGGGUAUGGCGCCUAUAAUGAUGCACCAUGCUUACACAAACUUCGGGGGAGGCAGUGGUAACUUACAACAAAUGGGACCGCCGCAACAACUACACCUGCAACAGCAUCAGAUGCAGCAUUGGAACAACAGUACUACCCAAAGAAGAAAUUACAUAACGAACACAGAUAUGUUUGAUCUUGAAAAUGAUCUCCCCGACGAUCUACUAUCAUCGGGGUCCUGGGGUUCUGCCACGGAGAGCGCUAAACCACCAGCAACAGGUCCAGGACCCGGGCAACAGAAUGGAGCGCUCGACUCGGAACUUCGUCAGCAUGUACAGCAACAGCAACAAUUAUCCCAUCAUCUUAUUCAGCAACAGGUAAAGGGCAACAAAAAUUUAGUACCGAAUUCGCUAGUUAUGACUGGUACUUUGACCAGUAAAAGUCCAAAUAUGCAGUCACCACCGAAUGUAUCGGUCUCCAAGGGUGUGGUGGAUCAACAGAUGGUUGUUAACCUGGGAAAUUUGCCCAGCAGUAUAGCGAGCUCACUUGCUAACAAUCAGAUGUCGAUUGUUAAUUCCAUGGGGAAUCUACAGUCGUCGAUGAGCAUGGCCGGCAGUAAUCCAGCAAUGUCAAUGCCAGGAGGCAUGAAUGCUAGUUUAGUUAUGACGAGUAGUGCAACGGGGAAUAAUCCGAUGGGGGGAAUGGCUGGUGGAGGUCUUAUUGUGGCUAAUAGUCUGAAUAAACAGCCUUUAAAUACCGUAACGAUGAUGAACCCAAACUCCCAGGGUGUUCAUCAUCCGCAGGGUCCCCACGGUGUCCCAAUGCAGAAUGGUCCAGCAAUAUUGAAUGCCCGUGCUGUGGCAAUGCAGCAGCAGCAGCAGGCACAAGCUCAGGCACAGGCCCAAGCUCAAGCCCAGGCUCAGGCACAAGCUCAGGCCCAGCAGCAGGCGCACUUGGUGGGUCAGGCAAGGGGUCAGAGUCCCCAUCAGGUUCAUCAAGGUGGUAUUGUUGGUCCAGGCCAAGGUGGUCCCAGAAUGCAACCACCACCCAACAUGUCUAACAUGGGCACUAUGGGGCAGAUGGGUGGUAAUAGCCCGUAUGGUUAUGGUUCACCGGGAAGUGGCCUAGGUACUGGCGUCAAUGUAGCAGCUGUGAAUCCUGUCUGCGUAGUUACCCCACUUCAGCGAGGCGUUGGCAAUAUGACCUCGAUGCAGGGAAGAUUCAGUGCUCCUGGUGGUCCCAUUGGUGCUGGAAAUGUUAUUGGUGGUCAAGAGGGGGGAAUGGCUCAACAGGCACAACCACCAGCACCUAGUCCAGCUCAGCCACAAUCUGGUGCUCCAACUGGUGGCCAAGCUGGACCACAGCAAGCCACACAGGGACAAUUGGCCGGCGGUAGCACGCAGUCAGGUACACCAUCAUCCACUGCCGAUCCAGAGCACCGAAAGCUCAUUCAACAGCAAUUGGUACUACUUCUGCACGCCCACAAGUGUCAGAUAAGAGAACGUCAGUCAAAUGGUGAAACAUGGAGAUGUACAUUGCCACAUUGCAAAACGAUGAAAAACGUAUUGAGCCACAUGACGACGUGCAAUGAUGGUAAAGAGUGUCAAGUGCCCCACUGCAGUUCAUCGAGACAGAUAAUAACCCACUGGAAGCAGUGCCAGAGGAGUGAUUGUCCUGUUUGUCUGCCCCUGAAGCAGGCCGAUAAGAAUAAAACAACAGCUGCUAAUAUUCGUGCAGCAGCAGUGGCAGCAGCUGCUGGUGGCCAACAGCAGAAUAAUCAACAGCAGGAGCAACAGCAACAACAGCAACAGCCACCUCAAUCACAGCAGCAACAGCAGCAACAACAACAGCCACAGCAACAACAGCAACCAAAUCCAAGCCCCCAAGAUAUGAGAAGAGCAUACGAUGCACUUGGUAUGAUUUGUCCCACGACGACACCUGGUGUACCACCAGGUCAAGUUGCUGGUCGUGGUGUUAGAAUACCAGGACCACCUGGUAUGACUGGACCCACUGGGACCAUGACAACGGGAGUGAGACUCUCCCAGCCACAGCAACAAAAUCAACCGGGUCAAUCGAUUGUUGGUGCUAAUCAGCAAGUUGUUGCGCCAAAUGUAUCACUUCCACUCAGCUCAGAUCCAACGACGGUAUCGUCUGGUGCUGGUAACAAUCAGCCUGUCACAACGACAGGUCAGGCUGGUGCAGCAGCUGCUGCAGCAGCUAAUAUACAACAAUCUGUCAGCAGUAUGCAACAAUUAUUCGGUUUAAAUGACUCCGGACAGCCUGCAUUACUCAAUGAGAACAGAUUAUCAAAUCUUCAAUUGCCAGGUGGAUUGCAACCCAAUCAAGUGACAGCAACACCUGUACAGGGGACCAAAGAGUGGCAUCAGUCAGUUACUCCAGAUCUCAGGAAUCAUCUUGUACAUAAAUUAGUGCAAGCGAUAUUUCCAGCCCCAGAUCCACAAGCCAUGUUUGACAAGAGAUUGCACAAUCUCGUGGCUUAUGCGAGAAAAGUCGAGGGUGAUAUGUACGAAAUGGCGAACUCUAGGUCUGAGUAUUAUCAUCUACUGGCUGAGAAGAUAUACAAAAUACAGAAGGAACUUGAGGAGAAGAGGCAAAAACGUAAGGAGCAGCAGUUGGCGCAGUUACAGCAUCAGCCAGCAGCUCAAAAUGCUGGUGGUGGUAAUUUAAGGCCGUGUGCACCACCAGCUGUUAGUGCAGCUGUACCACCAGGCCCCAGGGCUGUACCUCCAAAUUUACGAAGUCAUUCACCAGGUAUGGGACAGAUCAAUACACUACCAGGAAUGACAAUGUCCCACAACAGAAUGGCAUUCAAUCAGCCACCCCAGUCUCAGGCUCAGUCCCAACAGAAUCAGUCUCAACUGCAGCAGCAGCAACAACAACAACAACAGCAGCAGCAGCAGCAGCAACAGCAACAGCAGCAACAGCAGCAGCAGCAGCAGAAUAGCAUGCUAGUGGGACCACCGGGACCGAGUCCCAAUGGCCAGGCAAGCUCCAAUCCCAAUCUUGUAUCCAAUCCCGGUCUUGUUCCAUUUGGACAACAACAGAUGUCCCAAGGAAACUUAACGACAACCACAGCGUCAGCAACUACUAGUCAAUUUCCAACGUCAAAUGGUACAGCAGGACUUCCAAACAGUUCACCAGUUCAAAAUCAACACCAAUUUCCAGAUCUUAUGAAGGCAAGACUCGCGGCACAGCAGCAGGCACAGGCUCAGGCACAAACACAAGCGUCUCAGCAGUCGACAAAUGCCCAAACUCCAAAUACAAAUAUACCAUCGAUUCCGCAGGCUCCAUCGCCCUUCAGCAGUAUGCAGCAACAAAAUAAUCAACAGGGGAAUCAACAAUUUACCAAUACUCGACCACUAUCAGCAUCUACACCCAGUGAUAAUGGAAUAUCUGUGACAACACCACAGACGAUACCACCACCAGCCUCGAGUGGACCCAGUCCUGGGCCUGCACCAACGACGAAUGGACCACAAUCUGUAACGUCAACACCAACAACACCGCUGGUACCAUCUCUGAUGACACCCAAUCAGACUGGUCCAUCGUCGAGUCAAACACCACCUCAUCCAGGAACAACACCAUCACCCGGUGGUCUUGCAAGUCUUGGAAAAGGUAUGACAUCCCAGGAGAGAGCUGCACUCAAUGCUGGAAGAAGUUCCUCAAUGUCUUCCCAAAUGGCAGCCAUCACAGCAGCUCUUGAUCGUGACAAUUCACCGAGUCCGCCCACCAAUAAUAACAAGGGCAAAGGUCUUGACUCCAUUAAGGAGGAGAAUAUCAAGAUGGAGAUCAAGCAAGAGGAUUGCUCGGAGAAUCAUACGAUAGAUGGGGGUAAAAAUGUAAAUAAUGAUGUGACAAUUAAGACGGAAAUUAAGACAGAGCCAAUGGAGGAGACGAGUGGGGAUGGGGUGAUCAAGGAGGAGCCUGUUGGUAUCAAGGAGGAGCCCAGGACACCUAUGUCAGUGGCUGAUGGAUCGACUUCGGAUAUUAAACCUGUUGUACCUGUGCCCAUCGAGCCCAGUGGCACUUCCACCGACAAGAGACGAUUGUGCUUGUUUAAACCUGACGAAUUGCGUCAGGCCCUCAUGCCAACUCUUGAAAAAUUGUACAGACAGGAUCCUGAGUCGAUACCAUUCAGACAACCAGUUGAUCCUCAUGCACUUGGCAUUCCCGAUUACUUUGAUAUUGUUAAAAAACCCAUGGAUCUAUCGACAAUCAAGAGGAAACUCGACACAGGACAGUACAGUGAUCCAUGGGAGUACGUCGACGAUGUAUGGAUGAUGUUCGAUAAUGCCUGGCUGUACAAUCGAAAAACUUCACGUGUUUACAAAUAUUGUACUAAGCUAUCGGAAGUUUUCGAGACGGAGAUUGAUCCUGUGAUGCAGGCACUUGGGUACUGCUGUGGGAGAAAGUAUACGUUCAAUCCUCAGGUGCUUUGUUGCUAUGGAAAGCAACUAUGCACGAUACCGAGGGAUGCCAAGUACUACUCGUACAAGAAUAGUAUAAAGGGGUAUGGUUCUCUUUCUGACAGAUACACCUUCUGUCAAAAAUGUUUCAACGACAUUCCUGGUGACACUGUGACGUUGGGCGAAGAUCCGACACAACCGCAGACACAAAUUAAAAAGGAGCAGUUCCAAGAGAUGAAGAAUGAUCACUUGGAAUUGGAGCCGUUCGUUCUUUGUAUAGACUGUGGGAGAAAAGUUCAUCAAAUCUGCGUACUUCAUUUGGAGCACAUAUGGCCUCAAGGAUUUACCUGUGAUAAUUGUCUGAAGAAGAAAGGCCAAAAGCGCAAAGAGAAUAAAUUCAGUGCCAAACGUCUACCAGUAACGAAAUUAGGCACCUACAUUGAAACACGAGUUAACAAUUUCUUGAAAAAGAAAGAGGCACGUGCUGGUGAAGUUGCAAUACGUGUUGUUGCAUCGAGUGAUAAGAUGGUAGAGGUUAAACCGGGAAUGAGAAGUAGAUUUGUUGAGAACAAAGAUAUGCCCGGUGAAUUUCCGUACAGGGCGAAAGCUCUGUUUGCAUUUGAGGAUAUUGAUGGCACUGAUGUAUGUUUCUUUGGUAUGCACGUGCAAGAAUAUGGAAGUGAGUGUGCGGCACCUAAUACGAGGCGAGUGUACAUUGCGUAUCUUGACUCUGUACAUUUCUUCUAUCCAAGAAAUUGUCGAACAGCUGUCUAUCACGAGAUUUUACUUGGCUACCUCGACUACACGAAACAACUUGGAUUCACAAUGGCUCACAUCUGGGCGUGCCCACCAUCCGAGGGCGAUGACUACAUUUUUCACUGCCAUCCGCCAGACCAAAAAAUCCCAAAGCCCAAGAGACUACAGGAGUGGUACAAAAAUAUGCUGCAGAAAGGGGAGAAGGAGAGGAUAGUCAUUGAUUAUAAGGAUAUCCUGAAACAAGCGAUGGAAGACAAGCUAUCAUCAGCAGCAGACCUUCCCUACUUCGAGGGUGAUUUUUGGCCAAACGUUCUUGAGGAGAGUAUCAAGGAGCUCGAUCAGGAGGAAGAGGAGAAGAGAAAGCAGGCUGAAGCUGCUGAGGCGGCAGCUGCUGCCAGCGCAAUAUUCUCAAUGACUGACGAUGCUGAAACUGGCCCCGAUGGCAAGAAAAAGGGCCAGAAGAAAGCGAAAAAAUCCAACAAAUCCAAAGCGAAUCAACGUAAAAAUAGUAAAAAAUCGAAUACACCUCAGACUGGAAAUGACCUAUCAGCGAAGAUAUUCGCUACGAUGGAGAAGCAUAAAGAGGUGUUCUUCGUUAUCAGGUUGCACAGUGCCCAGAGUGCUGCUAGUUUAGCGCCAAUUCAGGAUCCAGAUCCAGUGAUAAACUGCGAUUUGAUGGACGGUCGUGAUGCCUUCCUCACGAUGGCGAGAGAAAGACACUACGAAUUUUCAUCCCUGAGACGUGCGAAAUUCAGUUCAAUGUCAAUGCUCUACGAGCUUCACAAUCAGGGACAAGAUAAAUUCGUGUACACCUGUAAUAAUUGCAAGAGCCACGUGGAAACAAGGUACCACUGUACUGUCUGUGAUGAUUUUGAUCUCUGUAUUAGUUGUAAAGAAACAGAUGGACACUCACAUCCAAUGGACAAACUUGGCUUUGGUCUCGAUGAUGGAUCAUCAGCGGCUGAUGCUAAACAAACAAAUCCCCAGGAGGCGAGGAAAUUAUCGAUUCAACGGUGCAUACAGUCGCUGGUGCACGCGUGUCAAUGCAGAGACGCGAAUUGCAGAUUACCGAGCUGUCAGAAGAUGAAGAGAGUGGUUCAGCAUACGAAGGUCUGCAAGAGAAAAACAAACGGUGGCUGUCCAAUAUGCAAACAACUCAUUGCCCUGUGCUGUUAUCAUGCCAAACACUGCCAGGAGACCAAGUGUCUUGUACCAUUCUGCUCUAAUAUCAAGCACAAAUUGAAACAGCAACAGUUGCAGCAGAGAUUACAACAGGCACAAUUACUGAGAAGACGAAUGGCUGUGAUGAAUACACGACCAACGGGUCAAGUAAGUGCUGUACAGCCAGGACAACCGAGUACCUCCAAUGUUGCCAUGACAGCUGGUGUUGCUAUGAAACCAGGUGUAAGUCCAACAAAUCUUCCAUCACCCCAUCAGCCUGGAAUUGGGCUGAAACCAACGACCCAGACACCGCCAGCUCAUGUGUUACAAGUGGUCAAACAAGUCCAGGAGGAGGCCGCCAGACAACAAGCGCCACACGCUGGUUAUGGUAAAGUGACACCCGGUGGUGGUGUCGGUGUUGGUGGUGGUGUGGGUGUUGGUGUUGGUGUUGGUGUUAAUGCACAGGGUGGUGGGGUUAUGCCACCACCUCAGAUGCAGAGGCUAAUGCCAGGAUUACUUCCCAACGCUGGUGGAACUCAUUUGAUAUCGAUGGACCAGUGGACGCCGAGGUAUCAGCAGAAUGCUGUGAUGCAGCAGAAUCCUGGACUGAGACAACAGGCACCCCAACAGCUAAUGCAGCAACCGGGCCACCAGGUGCAGCAAAACGUGGGAAUGGGUGGACAAAUACCAAGACAAACUGGCGUUAUAGGUGGACCAGUGGGACAAGUGCCCCAGAAUCAAGUGGGUCCAGCGAAUAAACAAGCAUUACAACAACUAAUGGCAACAUUGAGAAGUCCAAGUACACCAGAGCAACAGGGCCAAAUUCUUCAAAUACUCAAGAGUAAUCCACCACUGAUGGCGGCGUUUAUAAAACAAAGGCAACAGCAGAGUGGACAGCACGGUGGUCAGGUUGGUCCAAUGGGCCAGAAUCAGUCACAGCAGCAACAAAACACUGCUGGUUUACAGCACAUAAUGUCCCAGCAACAGCAGCAUCAGCAGCAACAUCCACAGGGUAGAAUGCAGAUGCAGCAAGCAAUGUUAAAUACUCAACAACAGGGUCAGCAGGGUCAACCACAGGGACAAGUGGUGGGAUCACAUGGGGCACAAGUACCAAAUGUACCACAGCCUCAGUGGUAUCAGCAGCAGAUGUUGGUGAUGAAGCAGAGGCAGCAGCAGCAACAACAGCAGCAGCAGCAGCAGCAGCAACAACAGCAGCAACACCAGCAGCAGCAGCAAGUCCAACAGCCCCAGCAACAGGGACAGUCACAACAAUUUACCCAACCACCUGCACCACCUUAUGGUCAACAGAGGCCUAUCAGGCCAUCACACCUCGGCUAUGGUGGAUUUACAGAUCAGGGAUAUGGGCAGCCCGGAUUGAAACCAACACCACCACCUGUUCCAUCGCCUCAGGGUGUUAUGGGACCACCUGGUAUAUCAGUGCAGCAGCAGUUAAUGCAGUCUGUACGAUCACCACCACCAAUAAGAUCACCACAACCAAAUCCAUCGCCAAGACCGGUGCAAUCACCGAGAAAUCAACCAGUACCAUCGCCAAGAGCUGGACCUGUACCUUCACCACAUCAUCAUCCGGGUCAUGGUACACCGACUCAUUCACCAGCUCAUGAACUUGGUGGGCCAAGUGAGAUGAUGCUAUCGCAACUUGGUGGUGGUGCGCAACCAACUGGACAUCCAGCUACAAUGCCACAUCAUCCAUCACCAGCACCACCAACGACAAGUGGUGCUGAUGCUGGUGAUGUUACACCAAUGACGCCGCAGGAUCAAUUGUCAAAAUUCGUCGAGGGAUUGUAGUGACUGUUAUCGGUAUGACCGGUUCUAAGUGAUAAUCGACGACGAACUAAUCAGAAUCACGAUACUGGUAACAACCACGUGCUGUGACACUAAUCGGGGAAUCUAUGGUACGAGAUUUUAGACAAUGCGUUGAGUUUUAUCUUUCCUAUUUUUUUUCUCUCUCUCUCUCUCUUUUCUUUUUCAUCACUUGUGCGCGAAACGUCAUCUCGUGAUCAUUGCCCCUUCUGUACAUUUGUACACUAAUUACUUAUUUUAUUUAAUGAAAAAAAAAAACAUGAACUUUUUUAAACGUAAUGAGAUCGUUGAGAGGACGUGCAAACGUGUGCCAAGACUGUGUUACUUCCUCUCGCGAUGGUAAUUUCCGAGCCAAGAGUCAAUGCACGUUAUUAAAUACAAUUUCCCCCUCUCUUUUUCCCCUCCCCCCGGUGGGACCCUAUGACUUGAAGAGAAGAGUUUAUUGGCCGGUGUGAUAAUUAAAAUAUUUGAGUUAUUAAAACGGCAGUAUUGAGCUCCUGUUGUUGAAUCAACGAACUCUCGGUGUUGGUGACGUGGUACAGCUGGUUAAUUUAAUUAUCGUUUUUUUUCCCCCCCAAGGACUGAAUAUAGAAAAACUCGAAGUAAUAAAAAAAUUUUUUAACACAAACUGAGACUAUCGCCAACUAAUCCCCAAAUCCACGAAUCUCCCUGUUGCUACGCUGUUUCCACCUGAAGAUACAUUAAAUCGAUGAAGGAGACUAAACAAAAUUAAAAUGGAAAAAAAAGUUCCUCGCUACCGCUUGGUCUGCGGAAUCGAGCGAAAUCGUACAAAUGUGUUGUGUAUACUUAACGUUAAUUAAUAUUAAAAACAAAGAAGAAUAUAGUAAUAUAAAGAUGAUACGGUGAAGCUAUUGAAAAAAUAAUAAUAAAUAAUGUUUUUUGGACACAUCCCGCUAACCAAAUCAUCUCUGUGACGAUAAUAUAUAUGCAUAUAUAUAUAUAUAUAUAUAUAAAUAUAUAUAUAUAUAAACUUUAAGAGAAUAACUGUCUGUUGCGUACGUUUGGUAACGCCAGAGUUUGUGGUGCGUUCAAUUGAAGCCGUUUUUUUAAGCACACGAAGAACAAAAGACGUUUUUUUGUGAUUUCCAUGAGAUAAUGACGAAAUGUAUUUUAUGUCACUGCAGUUGAUGGUCCCAUGAGUCCUUGAUGAUUGUAUCUCAAUAUGUUUUUAAUUACCAGCGCUUUUAAUCGCCAAUAGGAUAAAAAAAAACGAUACGUUACCCCCUCCCACCACUCGUUUCCCCCAAAAUAUUUAAAUGUCAGAGAUUGACACACGUGCUCAUGUGAUUAUCAACUGAUCCGGUAAUUUAUAUGAUGAUGUAGAUGAUUGAUUGAGAUGAUUUAAGUGAUUAUGAAACAAUGUGAAUCGUGUUGAAUGUGACGAGAGUAUUUUUCGUUGAUGCCACUGCUGAAUUUGUGUAUAGACCAAUCAAAAGAGGGAUGAAUAAUAUUUGAGCUGUGGCUAAUGCGAAUUUUGUGAGUGAAUUAGUUAAGUGGGACAAUUGACGGUUUAUUAAACUAAUAACCGACAUACGGUGGGUGUUUUAGUAAUGUGUGUGAGAGAGAGGAUGAGAGAGAGAGGAGAGAGAGUAAUGAAAUAAAGAAAAAAAAAACUUGCGCGUAAAUCAAAUGAUGUGUUUGUACGCGCACUAUUUAUCCCUACACUGUACAUACAAUACUAUUAUCACGAUAAUAAUAAUUAUUAUUCAUUUA